UAUGUUAGCUUUUUCACCUUGCUUCUCAUGCAGACUUUACGUGUAGACCUGAGUAUGUCGUUAGUUUGUAUGUUGAAAACACCCAAUCGUACAAUUGAUGAAGUCGACCGUACUCUAGAUAACGAACACUGUUCUCGUUUAGACAAUCGUACAUCAAAUGGAGAAAAUUUUGAAGGAGAGUUCGAAUGGAGCAAUACUCUACAAUCAAACAUGUUGGCUGGAUACUAUUAUGGCUACAUUGUGACUAACCUUCUUGGCGGUGUAUUAGCUGACAAAUAUGGUGGAAAGAAAGUUAUGGGGGCUUCCAUAUUCUCAGCUUCUGUCCUGACCGUUCUCCACCCAAGUCUAACACGAAUUAGUGGUUAUUUUACUCUUGUAUUGAGGAUACUUACAGGUCUGGUCUCAGGGCCCAUGUGUCCUGCUGUCUUAUCCCUGUGGGGACGGUGGGCUCCGCCAUUAGAAAAUAGUGUGUUGGUUGCAGUCUCUUUCUCUGGUUUAUUAAUCGGUAGUAUUGUGGGUUUGUCAAUUUCUGGUUUCCUUUGCGUUUAUGGCUUUGACAAUGGAUGGGGUUCUAUAUUCUAUAUAUUUGGUGGAAUAUCGUUAGUGUUUAGUUGUGUGUGGUUUUAUGUUGUUUCUGAUACUCCAGAUGUCCAUCCAACUAUCAGCGAAGAAGAACGUUCUUAUUUAAACAAAACUAUAAUACACAAAGGCCAAGUUAAGAGCGUGCCAUGGAAGAGAAUUAUGACUACUCCCGCCGUUUGGGCUCUUAUAAUUGCUCACACAUUUUACAAUUGGACGAUUAUUUCUUUCCAGCUGCUUCUGCCUUUAUAUAUGAAAGAAGCAUUAAAUAUCGAUGCGAAAUCAAAUGGUUUAAUGUCUUCUGCUCCGUUCAUUGGACAGUUCGCGGCUGUGCAAUUCUGUGGAAGGUUUGCAGAUAUUUUGCGUUCAAAGAAUUAUCUUUCAACGCGCUCUGUACGAGUUCUCUUUCAGAGUAUUUGUUUCCUUGGCUCAGCGUCACUGCUGAUUGCUAUAGGAUUCCUUGACUGUGACCAAAUAACUCUGGCCGGCAUUCUUUUCCUCUUCACGGGUAUCUGCUUAGCAUUUUACAUUGGCGGCUUCAAUGUCAAUCACGUGGACAUUGCUCCUAGAUACGCUGGUGUAUUGAUCGGCAUUACCAACACUUUUGGUUCAUUGCCCGGAUUCUUGGCUCCAAUAUCAUCCAAAGCUCUUACACCUGAUGGGACACAAGAAGAAUGGCAAAUUGUCUUAGCUUUGUGUGCGGCACUUUCUGUAUCUGGAACGAUAAUGUUUGCGAUAUUGGCGAGUGGAGAUGUACAGGAAUGGGCUAAAUCUCAAGAAAUACCAAGUAAUCGUUCUUCGAAUGAGGAAGAAUCACAAAAUCUAAAGCAGUAUGCAUAAAAGUUAUUUCCAUGUAUUCCACUUUAUGUAACUUUUUUCUUUCUGAAUUUUAUCAGACAUAAUAUUCUACUCUAUAUAUAUAGGUAAAAAAUUAAAUAUAUAUAAAUUAUAUAUAUAUAUAUAAUUUUUCAAAACGUGUAGUAAAUAAACAAACGAACUAUACUAAAUAUACAGGCGAACAGAGAGCACAGAAGCUCACGAACACCUCAUCAGUUAGCGGUCAGAAAGGUCGAACGCAAUUUCAGCCAAUAUCGAUAAGAUUGCUGCUACUCUGGAGGCAGCGGCAAAAAUUUUUCUGGGAAUGGGACCAAAACAUUACGAAACGAGACCGUUAGUGGACGGACGAGGAACAAAACAAUAAACAGAAUAAAGGCUUAAAACAUAUUACAUAUAAUACAGUGCAUGUAGCAGUACUUAGUCGUCUUCAGCGGUAAAACAGGCUGUUCUACUCGCUUAAACUGUUGAUGAGGUUUGCUUGAAACCUAGGAGAGCAAAAAAAAAACACAAAAAAAAGCUGUCAAAAUGAGAAAGUGAAACCAGCGAAGGGUCUAUGGUUAUUUAACCAUAACGUAGUGAUUUAGAAAUUUCGGGCUGGUAUCCGGCGUGUUUGAAGCCAAUUGCAAAAUGAGGCAUAACUUGGCUUUUGCUAUAGCAUGAUUCUUGUAGAGGAUUGCUCUGAUAAUAAUGCACACUGUGCAGAGAAUCGUUUAGCACCAGGAAUUUUCAGCGCCAGAAGAAUAUUGGGAGACUUCCACAGCAUGGGGUCACAGAUAUUUAUUGAUACCAAGCAUUUUCUUCGGAUUGUCUGUGGAUCCUGACAAUAAAAUAGAAAAGUGUUUGAGGUGUUGCGUAAGCCUAAUUGAAGCUAAAAUUUUUGGGCUGGUUUUGUUAACGUUAGUAUGUAAAUAUCUUCUUCGGACAUAAGUAAACAGCCGUUAUACAUAACAUUGGUGUCAAAUUUUGGCACAAUGGCCGCCAAUUUCGGGGAGAGGUUAAGUCGAUUACAUCGAUCCCAGUGUUAAAUUGGUACUUAUUUGAUCGAUCCCGAAGGGAUGAAGGGCAAAGCCAUCCUUGUCGGAGUUUAAACUCAGAACGUAAAGUCGGAGGAAAUGUCACUAAGAAUUUUGUCCGGCGUUAUACAUCAUAUAAUGUUAUUUAUAGUUAUUAAUGUUCCGUAACAUUAUGGAAGGGGCCUUAUGAUCAAGAAAUAAAUUAUGAUAAAAAAAUGAACGGAAUUGCGCUUUGCUUAAAUAUUGAAUUUCCAACUUCGAACGAAAUUUGGGACGCUAUAUGCAUGCAAGAAUACAACAAUGGAUGAUGUUGAGAGGAAAAUAAAAAGAAAAGAAAAAAAGAUCUGAUCAAAACUAUGUUUUAUAUUCUAUAAAAUAUUUAUUCUAUAAAAUAUUAAUCUCAA